UGCUGCUGCUCUCAAAUUAUUCUCGCCAUCUUCUCAGCUGGGUCGCCACCAUUUCGCAGACAGCUUGAUCGAUUGAUUGCUUUUAUUAGGAGAGGCUGUCAAAUUUAAGCUCCUGAUAAACACAAGCAUAUUGCAUAUAUAUAUAGAGAGAGAGAGAGGCGUUUCUUGGGGGUGUUUGAGGCUGGCCUGUCUGCCAGCUGCGUCUUUGCUUUCUCUCUCUCUCUCCUCUCUUCAGGGGAAGGAGCUAGAGAUAGAAAGUAGCUAGAGUUCGCCGUCGCCGUCGUCAUCGUACGUCGUCGUCGCCGUCGCCGCCGACGCGGUCUUCAGGCCGAUUCCUCUUCAGGCGUACAUAUGGCCAAACGGCCCAGCGUGCCCAAGUUCGGCACCUGGGACGGCGACAAUGUCGGGUACACGGUCUACUUCGACAAGGUGCGCGAGAACAAGGGCGCCACCGCGCCGCCGCUGCACCGGCCGUUCAACGCCAACGACCCCGUCGACAACCCCCGCAUGAUCAGUGUCGGCGGCGGCGGCGGCGCCCCUCCGUCGUCUGCACGGCCGGCGACCUCGAGCGGCGGCGCCCACCGUGACCAGCAGCAGAGGCGGCCACCGCCGGACGUGCAACAACACCGGCGCACUGGGAGCAACAGCAGCGUGUCGUCCGACCCGGGCGGCGCUCCGAGCAAGUUCGCGCCGCCGCCGCAGUACCACCCGCGCCCGAGCCCCCACCACGGCCAACACGACCACGGCCACGGCUACGGCUACGCCCACGGCCACGGACACCAUCAACACAACGGCGGCGGCGGACGCCGAGCGCCGCCGCAGCAGGCGGCGAGACACCACCACCAGGCGGCGCCUAAGGCGCGGUCCGCGUCCGCCUCGCCAAACGACACGCCGAACCGGCAGAGGCCAUCGGCGGUGCCCAAGUUCGGCGUGUGGGACGAGCAGAACGGCGCGGCGGCGGCGCAGGGCUUCACGGUGAUGUUCGACAACGUGAAGCGGAACCGGGAUGCGGCCAGGGGCGCCGCGGCGGCCGGCGUCGUCCCGCGCUCGCCGCAGCCGGAGAUAAGCUUCGCCGAGGCGAAGGGCUCGCGGGACCACUCCCUCAUGUCAAAGAUGUUUGGUUUUGGUUGCUUCCACCACCCCACCACCAGAGAAUGAGGAUGGAAAACAGAUGUUCUAACUUAAUGUCCUCUUAAUUUGUGUGGUUGAUAUGUGAGUCAUAUAUCUUUAUAGACUUACAUGACUCUGACACCUAUCAGAGGACAGUAUGUCAAAUGGAGACUCAUCUCUGUGGACAAAGGAUGCUUUUUUCAUGUACAUGACCUUGACCUAGGUAGGUCAUGUGCACUAGGCUGGGGUGGGGUUGUCAUUGGUGAUGCUAAAUUCUUGAUGAUUUUCCCCUCGUGUGUGUGGGGGGGUUCGUAAGAUGGAGGUUUAUUAGAACUAGUACAUUGUUCUCCUUCUAUAUUCUUUCACUGGAUUGCUUUCUGUGUUUUUGGCUCGCUAAAUGGCUUUCUGACUUGAAGAAAUUCCAAAAAGACAUGUAUUUUUAUUAUUUAGCAAGUGCAUAUGCAUACUGUUGAUCUAUUAUGGGCCCCACUUUACUGUUAUGAAAUU